AGAGGUGACUCUGGCAAGCUGUGAGUUGAGAGGCGAGCCCAGGAGUUGAAACUACCUCUGCACACACAAUAGUCGGGUGUACCACCAUUUUGCCCCGCCUCUGCCAGCUGUCUUCGUUAGCAUAGGGGUCGAUUCAUAGCUCCUGGCCCCGUCUAUACCUUGGACUGCAGGCGGUAUGCACCAACAGCCUGGUUGAUCAGACCAGCAACCAGGAGAACUGGUCUUGGACCGGUCCCCGGGGGGGCUGGGUCCCCCGGAAGCGACUACAGCACUUGUAUAUACAAAGUGUACAUAAAUUAGCUUCUUAAGAUGAGCUCCGGGGGCAGAGGCAGCCGGGGCAACAAAGGUCCGCGGGCGGGCGGCGGUGACCGCAACAACACCGCCACACAACAGGUGCAGCAACAGCAGCCUGUACAGCAACAGAAGAUGGACAGCCAAGCUACAGACAAAGACAAAGGUGGGGAGGCAGUGCCGCACAAGAUAGCGCCCACAGCUGAACAACUCCGCAUUGCCCAGAUGAUUGACUACACACGAACCGAACCAGAGAAGCUGCUUCAAGAAAAGAUUAAUCAGGUUAUGCAGUUCACAGGUGUAAGCGCAGACGAUGCGAUGGUGGCCCUACACGACUGUGAUAAUGAUAUGAACGCCGCCAUCGACUCGUUGCUGGAAGGUGAUGACCAGGGCAAGUGGCAGGAGUCUACAAAGAAAAAGAAAAAACUGGUAACAAACAAGCCGACAGAGGCAGAAAAUAACAAGGAAAAUCGACGGGUUAAUUCCCGCGAGCGUAGCGGGUCAAGGCCAAGAGGUGGUGGUCCACCCAGAUUUAGAGGGCGAGGUGGCAGUGGCCGGGGUGGUAGAGACAGUGAAAGCUGGGACGGUCCAAGUCGUGGUGAUGGGGCACGGCAUGGAAGGAUGACUAAUGGAACUCCUGCGCCCAGAGGUCGAGGUGGACGUGGCCGGGGGAGCUCUAUGGGUCCACGAACAUUCCAAAACAGGCAAGCACCUGGUUUCCCAGAUUCCAUAGACACCUGGGGGCCUCUCACAGAUGACAAGCCAAACCAUCAAAACAGUCUUAAGAUAGACAAUUGGGAUGAUGAGCCUCCUUCGGGUGGGGAUGACUGGGACAGCGAAUGGACUGGAUCUUUAGAACAAACAACAGUAUUUGGUCCAUCUAGCAGUUCCAGUACAUCUACAUUGACACCAUCACUAUCAGAGUCUCUUCCAGAAACACUGUCUGUAGGAAGUCCAUCAGUUGGACCGGCAGUGUCUCUUGCACCCUCUCAGGUCUAUUCUUCUACGCCACCACAAGUUUACCCUCCACCGCCAGCUUCAAGCUACUCUCCCACUGCUACGACCUUCACCUCUACUACGGCUUCAACGUACUCUUCGACAACAGCUUCCACAGCCUCUAUUACCCAACCUCAGACAAUGGAUUUGGCUGCCUUAUUACAAAAGGCAGCUCCACAGUCCACUCUUAGUGGGUUGGUGUCAAGUACCCAGCUAGGGAGUAGCAACAGCACAAGUAAUGGUGGAGGUGGGGGUAGUAGGGGAGGUGGAGCCCCACUAGUAUCUCCAGCACCAGGAUUGAGUGUUGGCAGUCAACAUGGCAUCUUAAGUAGUCUUAGUGCCAAUGUAGGGGAGAGUUUAAAAGCUGGAGGACUUGGAAGUGUUGGUGUGUCGGCUACUGCUCCAUCUCCUGCAUCGUCAGCUCCACCACCCUACUCGACUCCCACAGCUCAGCUGCAGGCAGCCAUCUUCUCUAGUUCUGGUCUUCAUAGUGUGGUAACAAGUAGCCUAGCCAGCAGCAUAAGUAACAACAGUGUAAUAAAUAAAGUUGUUAGUUUAUCAACUGUAAGUUCCACUCUGCCUUCUCGUCCGAAGACGCAGAGACCUCGGAUACCCCAGGCCUCGAAGAUACCUCUUUCGGCUGUGGAGAUGCCAGAAGAUGCUAUGGCAGCACUAGAUGUGCAGUUCAGUGGAUUAGAAUUCGGCACAGAGACUUUUGACUUUACUACUGAUGUAAAGACAAGUUCAAGCAGUACUGGUCUUGUAAGCACCACGCCUGUAAACUCCUGUGACCCUUCAUCUUCUACUCCUCCCGUCACCAAAGAUCUCACUUCUGCAUCUCUCUCUUCUUCUCUCCCACAGUCUCAAAAGCUUGGACCUGAGCCCAUUCCAUUCCCCACCUCUCAGACAAGUGAGCGCAAGCCCUCUGGAGGGGCCUUUGUGUCUGGAAACCAACGUAGCAGUGCCAGCAACAGUGCUGCACCUCAGGGUCUAUCUGACCUGGCCAAGAAUGAGAGUGGUGGUGGCACAGGUGGCCUAGGGAGCUUGGUGGGGUCAGCUGGCCCAACUUAUCAGUCUUACACCAGCUCUAAGUCAUCCUCAUCCUUCCCAUCCCCACCCUCUGCUCCCUACUCACAGACGCCCUCACAGAAUUCUUACACAACUAGUGGUCAGCAAGGAAACAGUGGGACUAGUAAUAGCAACAACAGUGGCUACAGUAAUGCUAAUAGCGGAACAGGAGGCACUAACAGUAAUAGCAGUACCAACAGUAGCCAGACUCCAGGAGGCUAUGGAUCAAGCUUUUCUGCUCAGGCCACAGGUGCAGGCAACAGUAGUAGCCAGUACCAGAACAGCUAUGUUAAUGCCUCUAGUCAUUCACCUCUGGUCUCCAUAUCAACCCCUAAGCCUCUGACUGGGCUGUCCACUGCUCCCUCUGUUAAGGAUACCACGCAGAGUUACGGCGAGCAAACCUCAACAGGAGGAUCAGCGUACUCUAGUACACUAUCUACUAGUGCAUCAGUUAGCAGCAACAGUACGAGUAAUAGUACUGGUCCUGCAGUACUUUCUGCUUCUUUAAACUCUGCAUCCUCCCACCCUGUCCAGCCUUCGAAGCCAUCAGUCCCAGGUAAAGUUAUAAGUGGCUUGGGUGGUACUGUGCCUCCUGGUGUACACCAGCAUCAACCACCACACAUGCAUCAACAUCAACAGGCACAGCAGCAUCAGCAUCAACAGGUUCAACAACACCAGCAGCAGCAACAGCAGCAACAACAGCAGCAGCAGCAGCAGCAGCAGCAACAGCAAGCACAGCAGAUGAUGGCACAGCAUUCUCAAUAUGUUUCUCCACCUGCAGCAGCCCUUCAGGGUGCUCUUCCACCUGCCUUCUAUACAGGACUUCAACAGCCUAUGUACUCCUUAGAGGAUUUCCAACUACUGCAGCAGCGAAUGCCACAUAUGCAGGCUCCAACCAGUUUGGCUACUGGCCGAGAUGGGAACAUGACAUCUGCAGCUUAUUCUGUUGCUGAUGCCAAGUUUCGCACAGAUCAGAAUUCCUCACCGGUUCCAUCCACAAUGAACCAACAAGGUGCACAGGCUGGUGGCACAUACAUUACGGCGGCAGGCAAUGCAGCAAUGCCACCCUUUUACAUGUACCAUAAUAUGGCAGCAGUCCCAAGCUCAUUUCCUCAAUAUGGUGCUCCUACUAUCAUACAGAUUCCACCUGUUACCAAUACUCAUACAGGGACAAACACUAACCAAUUUCCUGCUGCUCCCAAACUACAAUAUGGUACAGGAAACUACUAUGAUAAUAUAUCACAGACUCAGGACUUCAAGACUGGUUACGGGUCAGCGACACAGAACCAGAAUAAAGCUGGUGGAACAACAACUGGUACAGCCACAAAUUCAGGCACUGAUCUUGGAGGCUAUAAGAACCACCUUAGUAAAAUGGGAAGGUCAUACGACAAACAAGGUUUUCAUACGGGAACACCUCCGCCAUUUAAUUUAGCUGGUUCUGGAACAAACCCCAUGACCGCCAACGCCUACACACCCAUGUUCAUCCCUACGAUGCCUGCAGCACAACAUCACUCCCCGCUCAUGCAUCAUCAGCUGCACCAGGAUGGAGGUAGCUCUGGUGGUCAACGUGCUGGGAGUACAGGUGGGCAAAACAAAGGAGGAUCUAAACCUUCCUAUGGUGGAGGAUCUUAUUGGGGCACCAACUGAAGUUAACCCAGUAAGUUCUUACCUACAGCCUGAGGCUAUCUUAAUAGGGUAACCUUGCCUCAGUCCUACGCUACCAUAUGACAAGGAUGAUCCGAUGGAAUCCACUGUUCAGUUUGUUGGUGUUGUUCGGCCAGCAUCCAUUCCCACCUACGAUGUAGGUGCCUCUUCAUCCGGAGCAUCAAUUUGUCUAUUAGAUGUGAAAAUGCGCUCACAGAAGUCCUUGACUUUAAUAAAAUUUGCUUGGAUGUACAAGGGUCGAAACGUAGGUGUACUCUUUAGUCAGUGCAAAAAAAUACUAAUAUAAAAGGAUUUGCUUGUCUCAGUACAUUUGUAAAUGUUAACGAGAUAAGCUGUUCUUCACCCCUAUAGGUCAUACUUUAUGUGAACUCGUCCAAGGUGAUGUAAAAGUGGAUAUGAUAUUUAGCAUUUGUGGCAAUGGUGUAUUCAGUCUUGCUCUUCUCACUUGUAAAUAACGGAUGCCACUGAAUAAACCAUGGGCGCAGGUCCACUGGCAUGGUGCAUUUCUCCCGCAACCUUUCACUCCCACACCUUUUUAUAUUUACGAAAGUUUUACAAAUUGUAUGUUUGGGUGAUAGGAUUUGUCAAAGAAGACUAUAGUGAUUGUACACCACUAGAACAGAUCUUCAUGUAGGCUACAAAUGUAAGACGGCAUUCUAUUCUGGAGUUGAGGUGUUAACACAUUUCUUGAAACUCACUGAAGUUAAGGGCCUGCUGUGGAAUUUGAUACCACAACUCCUUUGAGUUGCCUUUCAGUGGUCACCCCAGAAUAGGAUGAUUGUAUGUUCAACUCACUUUAUUUUUUCUUUCAUUUUUUAACUUCUGUAUCUCUCUAGGUACAAUAUAAACCCAUUCCUGUUAAAGGAAUGCUGUAUCAAUGAUAUGAAAAGUAUGCCUCUUGUUUUGUAAGCUUUUUGUGUAGUGAAAUAUUUCAGUUCCACCAAUAAAAAUAUCUUGAAUCUAAA